AUGCCUUUUAAGUUGGAGCGUGUUUUCCGAAUCCGAGAAGGAUCUCAUUGGCUUCAGUACUUCUACUUUCACAAGAUUAGGGGCAGAGGUAAACCAAAAUAUGCAGGAAAUGUGACAGCAACCUGUUAUGCAACCUACGAGGAUGAGAGGCACAAGAUGCCUGAUUGGAUAAAGGAUCCAAACGAUCAGAUGGAAAAUUUCGAGCUUGACCACGUAGCUUCGAGCACUCGCAACCUCCUUUUCCUUCACGGUGUAGAAGGAAAUCUGUGGUUUGAGAGUGAUACUCCUCAAAUUCAGGAACAUCCUGUCCCUCUAGGCACUACUAUUCGCUGCACCGGGGCCAAAGGAUACCCUCCACCCAAAUACGUGUGGUCCAUGGCUGAUCCCAGUCAAUCCUCAUCUCCAGAUGUUUUCAGUUACAUGGAUCUUGCGUAUUCUCCAGGUGUGUUUCGUGAUAGUCCGGAAGCACUUCCUGCUUCUACCUUUCAAGAAAAUCUCCUGCAACUCCCUAGUGACCCCAGGUAUAGGGGAAUGAGUUUUCUCUUUCGAUGCCAAGCAUUCAACGAAGUUUCACGGAGGGUUUACAGAGUUGAGCGUCUCAUUUUUCUAUCUAUAUGUCUGUGUGACACCCGAUUUGUGUCGCUGGACUUGUCGCUCAUAUAUUCACCACAAAUGGUAGCGGGACACGCCUUGCUCGAUAAUCGUGACCUUGACAAUAGUCUAGACUUCUACGGUCAACGCUACGUCCAUGUACUGAGGCAGAUCAUCUUGGGAUUGUCCCAAGGACCCAAGUACGUUAGAAUUAGUACGAAUCCGACUUGUAUACUAAAUUCUACCCUGAAAACAGCACCACUAUACGCCAGCCCAAUGCCGUUGACCCACAGUUUGUCGCGUUUCCAACUUGCUAAUGGACUGAUUUCAGCCAGUGUGAGACCCAAGCCUGUUUACCAGUCUGGUGUUGAUGCCUGCCCACGGAAAGUUCCCGUCAAUCUUACCGCGGUACUUCGCUCAGUAGAACAGAACAUAUCAAUACAAAAUCCAUAUUUCCUAAACUUACGACGUCUUCACGCUAUUGUGCUACCCUUAGAUCGCUGGGAUCAGGGUGAUGUGGUGGAAUUCAUGCAGAGAAUGAGAAAAAACUAUGUUAGUGUCAUUGGUGUUUACUUCGAAAACCCAACAGGAUGGGCUCAAGGCAGUCCCGAAUACAAGGUUCAGCUCUCCAGCAGUAAGACAUUUAGUGAAGGCUGUUCUACUCAGACUGAAACUGACCCAGCCACUUUCAUCGAACGCCUUCCCUUGUUUGACGCAAUAUGUAAAGUAGCUCGGGCAGCGGAUGUACAAGAGAGAUGGAUUGAGGGAAUCACUUUCCUGUCGCAUAUACAGAAAUAUAUAUUUGUUGGGGAAAAUAUCACACUGUACAGUGUUGUUCGCCUUAACCCAUUCGAUACAGAAGAGUACCAAUUGAGUGCUUGUCUUAUGGAACACUCUGCAACCACUGGGCUUAAUCGCCAUCAGGACACUCAGCAAAAGCUUGAGGCCUUGUGUGAAGAGCAGCUUGGUUUUUCAUCAGCCAGCAAACCUGGAGAAGUGUGUCUCACGAUAGCACAGCCCUUAACGCUUAAAGCGUCGCACGAUGGGGUCACAGCUAUCGUCUACCAAAAGGGUGUAAACAAAACGUUGGCUGUCUCUCGUUAUGUUAGGUACAACAUCAAGCUCCAAAAACCGGAUUUUAAGAAGCCAUAUCUAUCAGUGAAGUACUUGGCAGAAAAGGCCCAGGAUUCCGCGGAGUUCGAGUGUAUUAUCGAGGUGACAAAUCUCGCAUUUCAAAUAGACCUUAUUUACCGGUCCAGAAGAAAUGGGUCAUUUGUGGUAGUCGCAAGAACCACUGCAAUAAAGGCAGGAUUCGUUUAUGGAGAUGUUAACCGUAAGGUUAGUGCCCGACUUGUCUGGCCAGCCGUUCCUGCUGAAGCGGAAGACGCCGAUAUUUAUUGUCUCCUAAGUAAUCCUCCAAUCGUUGAGAAAGUCCUUGACUCACUCCCACCCCACUCAAGUGACCCUGUUCGUCUGACCUUCAUUACCUCCUGUCCCAUGAGACCUACGAUAAAGCGAAUCGUCUCCUCGCCGUUCACCGGAGACUCGGAGACUCCAAGGUUGGGUGCACGAAUGUCUUUUGUCUGUGAGGCAGUAACAGGGGGAGAGACUAAUCAUCCUCUGCAAAUGGCACUUGCUGACAGGACAGAACAAUUUGUCAUCUGUUCAAGGACAGGAAUGGGCAACGUGAACACCACUGUACCGUGUACCUUUGCCACUUGGAACGAAGGCGGAUGUGGGAAAUUCGCUCUAGACGCCAAAACGACUCAUCCUAAGGCUUUAUUUGCUCAGUGUAGUAUUUCACAGGUUCCAAACAAGAAAAUUACCCUUCGACGCAUAGAAUACACAAUGCCUAUGGUUACGAUCGAUCAGUUUGACGCAUUUCUUUUCUGUGAGACCCUGCCGCCUUGGCAAGUAGAUGAAGAUCUGCGCCUACUAAGUGAUCCACUAGAUAACCUUUUUGCUGUCGAUCCGACCGUGACAAGCAUUAACAUAGGAUAUUACAAAUGGGUAUGUGAUGUCAUUGCCUAUCCACCACCAACGAGCUAUGAUUGGCGCAUUAAGGAUGCACAGCCCUGGAAUUUCGACUUAGGGCUUAGAAAAAUACCCGUUGAGAAGUCGAAUUUUAAUUCCACACGCACAAAUAUUGAGGCGGUAUCUGCACGAGGUUUCUUUCCCAAGAAGUUCAUUCCCCCGAACACUACUUCACCGUAUUUUUUCACUCUUUCACGAGACGUGCCCUCUUUCUGGCAAGUCGGGGCUUGGGGAACGGCAACACUGGAGUGCACGGCGACGAACAAAGAGGGAAAGACAACAGUCAGAGAAGGCUUUGUUAACUACGCGACUGGAAAUUCUACAGGUCGGUGGUUGCCGCAAGGUGCGUUGCAUCCAACGAUUGGGCGAGGCAAUUUGGGUGAACCAUGGAUCGCAGAGUGCCCAAUUAUUGGAAUGGCAGGUGCCAGUCGAGUAAUUAAUUUGUACAUUCUUGGAAAGGUUGAAUUCUUGCAGGAGCAGUAUACCACUCAUUCUGCCUGCUAUGUUUGCCGUUUCUACUUGUUCGAUGGAUACAAUGAGGUCGAGGUUCAACCAGAAUUCCUGGUGUUUCAUCCAAGUGAUCCACCCAUUUUUGCCUAUAAGCUUGUCUCUGGUGUGUGGGCGUUUGCUGGACAACAUGUUCAGCCACCCACACUAUUCAAAGGUGACCGUGUGGAGACCAGGUGCCUCGUCUGGCACAAUCAUGAUACUGUAAUCUCCAACUUAGAGAGCCCAUUUCUCGCAAGAUCAGAUCCCAUGCACUCACAAAUUAGCAAGAUUCCGUCGGAUAAAUUGCGAUCACGGAAGUUUGUCCUGGUCAAUAACCUCCAGUACCACCUUCUGGAACACGCUUUUAUUGCGGAUGCAUCCCAUGACUUGAUGAAAUACUUGGGCUGCUACUUAAACAUUCAACCCACCAAUAAAAGCAAUGUGGUGGAGAAAUUUGGUCCUCUCCGUGUGUGCAGUCCUCCAAGUAGUUUAAAAAUCUACCCGGCCUUAAGAUCUGAACUUAAAGCUGAUGAUUUCCUUAACUGUUCUGACGACCAUGCCGUCUUUUCUAAAUCCACUCUCUCAUGGAAGUACAAGCUUGGACCUCUUCCAAGACCAAGGGGUUCUAAUGCUACUGACAACUUCAAGCAGACAGUCAUGUCGUCGACGCUGGUGAUGUCUACCCUCCCCAGCCCUGGUUUCUAUGUUUUUACAUGCAGAGCUAUCUCUGUAUGCAAUGAAAAAGAGCUAGUUUCUGAGGUAGACGUGCAGUUUCUUGUUUUGCCCAAGGAUGGUGCUACUUGGUUUACCGCUGUAAAUCUCUCACCACGCAUAGUUCUGAUACCACAGUCAGUCUCCGUAGAAUGCCCCAGUGUUUUAACUCCUGGCAGUGGUUUGACUGCCAAAAAUCUUACCUGGUUCCGCUUUAGCCGUCAAGCUGAACUUACUUCUCCAGGAAAUGAUCCAUCUGCAAGUGUUCUCUCGUACCAUGAUCUCAUUAAUGGAACAAUAAUUACCAAUCAUCCAAAUUUCCUCUCUUAUAAGGAGAAAAAGGGGGAAGAAACAUUCUUUUCAAUGGACAUAAAACCAACUUCCUACAAUGACUUUGGCUAUUAUGGUUGCACAUUGGGUGCCUUUCAUUUGGGCAUUGGAAUCAAUGAGUUUAAUUUCGAUCAAGUUUCCCCCUACCCAGUGUGUCUUGUUGUCAACACCACAUCUCCCAAAAUAAAACUGGUUUCUCCUAGUUCCGAUAAGUGCUAUCGUGUUGGCGAUGUGCUUGAGGUCACUUGUGAGGUCAUGGCUUAUCAAGGUUUUUGUGUGGAAGACGAUAAGCCACUGGGAACCCGACUUCUAUCCUCUAUGGCAACACUCAGCAUCACAUUUGAGAAUAACGAAAUCGUUCGAGUUCUAAAUGUGUCUUCUAGCAUUAUCGUCGGGGAAAAUCCGCCUAGGAUAAUGCUCACGUUUACUCCCGUUCUCUUAACUAUCUCUCCUGAGCACGAUGGAGCGCGAUUGACUUGUACUGCAAAACCAAACCUGAACACCCAGAAGUACAACUUUUCAACCGACUGGGACAAUUUGCAACCAAAGCUCUUCAGGUACGCUACAGCAAAGCUCUGCGCACUUUAUCCUCCGUCAAAUGUAAUUAUUAAUCCACCACAAUUAAACCAGGUGGACGUGCGCGAAGUUGCUGUGCUCAACUCAGGACAGUGGAUAACCUGCCAUGCAAACGGGAAUCCUUCCCCCAUCAUAACCAUAGACGCUUUUCCGAUUGUUGCAGACAAUCUCACCAACGUCAUUACACAGGAGGUUUCCGACCUCAAUGACUGGCGCGAUACGAUGCGUCCGCAACCGAACUGGGCCACGGAACCGCUGCUGAACGACACAGGUGUUAUGAUGCUUGUGACGAAAGAACACGGUGCUCCCGAGGGUCUUGCUUAUUUGGGCCUUUGCAAAGCUGUAAAUGAAAUUAAUGGAAACAAGGCGAUUGUCCACAAGGCAUUUGUCUUCCAUCUGCGAGAUUCUUCUAUUGAUAUUGUUGAAGAUGCUAGUCUUUACCAGUUUGCUGCCGUCACGUUUCUGGUCGCCAUCAUUACCUUCAUUUUGGUAACGUUCGUCCGUGAAUUCCUCAUCCUCCAUCGUCGCAGAAUUCGCACAAAGGCUAUUCAAUAA